GCUAACUACCAGAAAGGAAGUCCAUUUUUGGUGUCUACUAUUGCGUCAACCUGCAAACAACACGUAAUAAAACGGAACUUCUGUCCUUCGCACGAGAUAACAUCAAACGAAUUUACUGGAACAGAUUUCGUGGAAAAAUUUAGUGAUGAUUGUAAUCCACGACUUCGGUUAUUCUUGAAGAAAAGAAGAAAGAACGUGAUCAGUGCAUAGUACUUGCACGGAAUUAAAUUUAUAGGAUAAUAGAUAUAUGUGUUUAUCUACUAUUACGUUCAGCAUAAGGAGGAACUUGCUAGAGUUGUGAAUUUAUAUUAUGAUUAUUGGUUUUUUGAAACUUCUUCGGGAUAUAGAUACUGAGAAACGUUAAUUAUUAUUGUAUUACGAGAGUGUUUUGAAGGGUGACCAAAGGGCCGAUUAGUGAAGGGCACACGAGUGCGAUGAACACCGCAAGGGACGCGCAGAGUUCAGCGGCACUCGCCACUCAUCAAAGGUACCACCACCAACCUGUAGGACUGACUUUUGCAGAUCACGCACCCUGCUGGUACAUGCCGCCGACAGCACCAGCAAGACAAAAUAAAAGACCACCACCACUGCCUGGAGCCUCAUCCUUAGAUUGCUGUCCGCCGGGAAAUAUCAAGUCGGAUAUGCAUGCACCACCACCGAUUGUACCUCCUCAUAACAAUGUGUCUUCGUCCAUCCAUCAACAGCACCACCAGCCAAUUUUGACAGCACAACCGAAUCACCCGCCGCCUCCUUUAUCCCCAAAGUCGCCCGUCAACCAAUCUCAGAGUCAAUUCACAAUCGCCCCAAUUCAGCCGCAAAAAUUGUGUCUGAACAACGGCGGCCCUUCACACCUUAUGUCCACGUCGAUGGGUUCUCAGCAGCUCCUGGCAGCUUCUUCUAACAACUCAAGUCAAGUGAUGUCCACAUCGAUGAUCGGCGGAACAAGUGCCAUUCCAGCACAAUCAUUUGGUAUGGAUAGUGCGAGUAAAAAUUUAGUAAAUAAUAUACAUCAACCGGUGCCAGUGGUUCGUAUGCGGUCAUGGCAUGUAGCUGCUAACUACCCAGAAAGGAAGUCCAUUUUUGGUGUUCUACUAUUGCGUCAACCUGCAAACAACACGUAA